AUGAAAAGGAAAGGAGAGAUGCAAUCUCAAUCUGCUCCGGUCAGCGCAUUUGCAGCCCGAAGGUCCCGGCAAAAAUCAGUGGCAGUUUGGCAAACUACAGCUACGGUUCCUGAAUCUAUUUUAAGUGAAGAACCCCCAUUGAAAAGGACAAAAACUUCCUCUUCGAGAUGUUCUUCGAGAGAUCAUCCCGAUAAAAGACCCUUAUCGCCGAGUGAAAACAUCACAAUAGGGAAAUCCAACUCUGCUACACCGGCAUUAUUCAGGGCGGGAAGCUCAGACGAGAUAUGCGCUACGCAAACGGCUGGAUAUCAGAGUGGCAGUAGCGAUGAGGAUGACGAUGUCGAAACAGAGGUUAGCAGUGAUGACCAAGAGAGUGAUGCGCAUUUAACAAAUGCUCCGGCAGACUUUCAGAACUUCCUUUUAUCUAAAAGUCGUCUCUGUAAGAGCAGUGUUAUAUAUCGUACGGAUAAGGCGAUAUGUAUUCGUUUGAAACUAAAAAUGGUAGUUGCUGACAAUAGGAAGAAUUUGGCACUCAUAGGCCAGUACGACCUAUGGGUUAAGCGAGGUGUGGUCAGCAUAAUGGGAGCAAAAUUGCAUCCAAGCCCUCGUCUAUAUAGAGUCUAUGCGCCGUCCACGCACUCUCUUCCCGUGAUAAAAUGUGUUUCUGGAGUAGACGGUUAUGCAGAGGUUGAGAUCAGAUCUUGCAACAAUGGGCUGUACCGUUUGAAGAAUCUCUCAAACCUGUAUCAUCGGAUAUGCAAUAGCAAAAAGCCAGUCCCUGGUUCGGUUCUGCAGACGGAUGGAUCGUUCUCAUUCUCUAUUCUUCAUUCAUCUUCGGAUGACCCCCUGAAAAGACAUCUGCGGCCUCUGCAUCUCGACAAAAAAUGGAGCACGUCCAUACAGACCCUCUCUCAACGAGGAGCGGCUCUUCGAGUACUAACCUGUGGUCCCAAGGGGUCUGGAAAAUCAACUUUCAAUAAAUAUCUUCUUAAUCACCUACUGAGCCUACCCCCAACGGAUGGUAGUUUACAACAGGGCAAACGUGGAGUCGCUUUUCUAGAUUUAGACCCUGGUCAGCCUGAGCUGUCCCCUAUGGGUCAGGUCUACCUUGCCUGUCUACAUACACCAAUCCUUGGACCGCCGUUCUCGCAUCCUACCAUUGAUUCUCCGUCCAAUGGCUAUAUUAUAAGAUCCCAUUAUAUUGGAGCCUCCUCGCCAAAGGACAACCCAGACCACUACAUUGUGGCAACAAUGGAUCUGAUGAACCGCUAUCAUAAGUUACUCCAAAGUUACCCUCAAUGCCCCCUUGUCAUAAACUACCCUGGGUGGAUUUUUGGCCUUGGCUUGGAGAUUGUCCUUUCAUUCCUUAUUUCAUUGGGGCUUUCUGAUGUAGUAUAUAUGAGCAAUAAAGGCCCAGCUGAAGUCGUGGAGCCGCUUAUUGCGACAGCAUCGGAGGCUGGGGUUCUCAUGACCAUACUUCCAUCUCAACCCACAGACUUUGUGACCAGAUCCAGCGCACAGCUGAGGUCCAUGCAAAUGAUUUCUUACUUCCAUUCGACACAGUAUAGGACUAGUGAAAGAACCUGGUCCGAUAUCCCGCUAUGCCUAACCCGACCAGUGACUGUUAACUAUGCUGGAACCUCACCAGGGAUUCUUGGAAUAAUGGUGACGGGUUCACACCAUGGCCUGGACAUGCUGAGCGAUUUGUUGGACGGAGCCGUUGUAGGAAUUGUGGCAAUCGAAAGCCUUAAUGCAAUCGCGGCUGGAAAAGAGCGAGAUGCAUCAGAUGACAAUGUUGUCACUGACCACAACGGCCAAAUAAAUGAGGAGUCCAAUUUGGAUCCCGACGGCGAUUUGCUAAUAGGCACAAAUGUCACAUUAAACAAAAGCCAAUCGCCAUCGUCGCCAAUCGAUCCACCGCAUCCUAGUAUCAGCCGCACCCCAGACGACAACCUCCCGCACUUAUUCGUUGGCGAUGGGGCCUGCACACCGCUCGACCCCAGCCUAUCUUACUGCCUAGGCCAGGCAAUUAUCCGGUCCGUCAACCCUCAAACACAGACUCUCGACCUUUACACCCCCAUCCCACCCCAUAAAAUCCGCGAUGCAGUGGAGCAAGGACACCAUAUAAUCCUAGUUCGAGGCCAGGUGGACAAUCCCAACUGGGCCAUUUCCGAGGAGUACUUUUGCGCACGUGCUGCACAACGUCGGUACCGAAGAAUGAUGGCGAAAGAGAAGGCGGAGGGAAUAAAACUGGAUACAGCAGAGCGGGAAAAACGAGAUGCCGUGUCAGAGCGGUUGCGGGAGCGGGUGCGGAGAGCGGGUAACGUACCCUGGAUGAGUUUGAAUGAACGUGCCAGGGAUGCAAAGGAGAACAGCGUCAAGAAUAUGUGGAGACUAUGGAAGAAGGCAUAUCCUGCAGAUUCGCGCAGUGGGAGCGAUAAGGAAUGGUGA